GAUAUCUUUGUUUGCAGUGAGCGGAGCUCCUCGGUGGAUUUUGUGAGCGAUUUUGUUGGAUGCGGUUGGUGGAAGUGUUCUGAUAUAUUUCAUUUUGUUUCUUACAUUCUUUUACCGAAUCAUUGCAAGAAUAGCAUUUGUGAUUGGUGUGGAGGGUGUGGAGUGUUGUGGCAUACGGUUGAGACGCCUGAGGAAUCAGAAUCAGCAUAAAAGGUGUCAUGUCACCGCAUUGGCAUCCUCAUCAUAAUAUAUAAUUGUUAAUAGAGUUAUCCUGGAUCGGUGUUGUGUAGUGAACUAGAAGAAACAUACUCAAGAAAUGAGGCAUGGAAAUGCAGCUUGUGCUUUCAAAACAGCCCUGCUUAUGCUGGCCUGUGUCAUCAUCCAAGCAGGCGAGCGGCUCAGUCCGUACGUGCGUCACCACGAGCGGCUCGACUACGGCCGGGCGGCGGUGGAAGCGCGCCACCAGCGGGUGCGACGCGCCACCAACGCCGCCGCCGCGCCGCCGCUGACGCUCGAGUUCGAGGCGCUGCAGCGGCCGUUCCGGCUGCGGUUACGGCGAGAGGCGCGCGUGUUCUCGGCGGACGCCGUGCUCGUGGGUCCGUCGGGACGCUACGAGCCGCUGCAGACGGACCACAUCUACGAGGGCCACCUCGAGGGUGUUCCAAACAGUUUUGUGCACGGCUCAGUGCACGACGGAGUGUUCCAGGGCAAAAUCGAGACGCCAGAUGGGAAUUAUUACGUGGAGAAGGCGCAUCACUACUAUCCUCAUAACCACUCAUCGUCAUUUCAUUCUGUGAUAUACUCAGAAGAGCAUAUAGAGGACCCGUUCCAGCACUUGGAGCGAGGUAGAGGUCCGUUCGGCGGCUGCGGCGUCGAUGGUGACGUGUCUGAAUGGAUGCACAAAGUACAAAACUCGGCCAUCGACGACGACGAGACAGAGUUUCGGGCGGCGGCAGAGGAGCGCGAGCACCGGCGGCGGGAGCGCGAGCGGCCGAGCGCCGCCCGACGCGUGGCGCACGACGCCAGGCACUACAAAUACACGGAGGAGGCGCAGCGCCACCUGGACGCCGGCCGGUCGCGGUCUCGCCGGGCUCCCCGCCAGGGCGGCGCCACUAGUCACCUGCCCGACAGCCGAGGCACUUGCAGUCUGUCGGUGGAGACAGACCCUAUGCUGUGGCGGCAUGUGUUCGAGAAGGAGGGUGGAGACGACCGGCGCACUCGCGAGGAACUCACGUCCAUGGUGGCGUCACACGUCAAGGCCGUCAACCGCGUGUACGACAAGGAGCAGUUUGACGGCAGUUACGCCCACCGGGGAAUACAGUUCGAGGUGCAGCGACUCAAGAUUGAUGACGACAGCACAUGUCGACCAUCGUAUCGCGGCCGGGACCGAAACAAGUUCUGUGUUCCUAACGUGGACGUGUCCAACUUCCUGAACCUUCACUCGGAGGACGACCACGACGCCUUCUGCCUGUCCUACGUGUUCACCUACCGCGACUUCAACAAGGGCACCCUGGGCCUGGCCUGGGUGGCCUCGCCCGCAGGUGCGUCGGGCGGCAUCUGUGAGCGUUACAAACCGUUCGCGGACAACAUCGGCGGCUCCCAGCGCACCAACAAGCGCUCCCUGAACACUGGCAUCAUCACGUUCGUCAACUACCACUCGCGGGUGCCGCCGCGCGUCUCGCAGCUGACCCUGGCGCACGAGAUCGGCCACAACAUGGGCUCACCACACGACUGGCCGAGCGACUGCACACCCGGCGGGCCGAACGGGAACUACAUCAUGUUCGCCAGCGCCACCAGUGGCGACCUGCCCAACAACAGCAAGUUCUCCGAGUGCAGCCGGCGGAAUAUCAGCUCCGUGCUGGACGCCAUAUCGUCGGGAAAGAAACGCGACUGCUUUACGAAGUCGGACGGCGCCUUCUGCGGCAAUAAGAUCGUCGAGGAUGGCGAGGAGUGUGACUGCGGCUUCGACGACGCCGAGUGCACCGAGAGCUGCUGCUACCCGAACCAGGUGUCGGAGUCGGACCGGCGGAGCAACGCCUCGGCAGAGGGCUGCCGUCGGCGCCAGCACACCCAGUGCAGUCCGAGUGAGGGUCCGUGCUGCGACCGGCGCUGCUCGUUUGUGGCCACCUUCGAGCGGCUGCGGUGUCGCUCAGAGGACAACUGCACGUACGACUCGUACUGUGACGGCUACCGGGCCAGCUGUCCGGCGCCGCCGCCGCGACCCGACAUGACCGAGUGCAACAGCGGCACCAAGGUGUGUCUCUCCGGCGAGUGCACGGGCUCCAUCUGUCUGAAGCACGGCCUCAAGGAGUGUUUCCUGACGUCCGAUGUGAUCGAGGACCGCGGCAAGCUAUGCGAGGUGGCCUGUCAGCGGGGCGACAACACCAGCACUUGUCGCAGUAGCAGUGAGCUCGGUCUCGGCGGCGGACAGGGCAUCUACAUGACGGCCGGCGCCGCCUGCGACAACUUCCAGGGCUAUUGUGACGUGUUCCUCAAGUGUCGCCGGGUGGACGCAGAAGGCCCGCUGGUGCAGCUGAAGAACCUGCUGUUCUCGGAACAGACGCUGAUGACCAUCGUAGAGUGGGUGACGCACUACUGGUGGGCCGUGCUGCUGAUGGCCGUGGCCUUUGUCGUGGUGAUGGCGCUCUUCAUCCGGUGUUGCGCCGUACACACACCCUCGUCCAACCCCAAACGGGCGCCGGCCAGAAAGUUCACAGACACGCUCAAGCAUCCAAUGGAUACGCUCAAGCGACAGCACCGGCAUCCCCGGCGAGGGGGCGGCGGCGGCGGCGCCCGCUCCGUCCCGGUCCGGGAGGAGGCAGAGCUGGUCGUACAGAGCAGUAACAGCGGGGGGAGCAGCAGCGGCGGCGGCGGCGGGCGGCCCGGCCGAGCCACCGGGCCGCCGCCCGCCUACCAGCCGCAGGCGGGACCCGUGAGACACGGGUUCGGCGCCGGGCGCGGCCACUACAGCCGACAAGGUGCGCGCGAUGACGUAGAGUCGGGCGGCGCCAGCGGCGGCCGGGCCGCCGAGCGGCAGCGCCAGCAGAAGCAGCAGAAGCAGCAGAAGCGGCGCUCGCAGGGCACGCCGGCCACGCGGCACGUGUGACCUCGGCCGGGCGCGCCGGCGGCCGCCACCCUGCCGACCGCUGACCGCUGACCCGGCCGGCACGCGGCCGCGCACCCUACAAACGGACAGAGUAUAUUCAAAUCAAACCGGCGGCGCGGCGCCGCUCUUAGGACUGGCGCCGCGCGUCGCGUGUGCGCGCGAGAUCUUCCUGGGUGCGUCGGAGGUCGGAUGUGAUACUGAGAGGGCGCGCCGCUGUGCCGGCGGCGCGCCCCACCCCGCGAACGCGGCAUUAUGCUUACUCGUGCGCGCGCCUGUAUGAGCGUGAGUGUGUGUGUGUGUGUGUGUGUGUGUGUGUGUGUGUGUGUGUGUGUGUGUGUGUGUGCGUGUGUAAGCACUCACUUGUCAGGGCCGAUGACGGGAUACACACCGACCCGACAGGACCGAUUUCCCUGUCAGGACCGAAAACCCGGUCCUGACAA